AUGCAAUUCAAUCAAGCAUAUACAGAUCUAAUAAAACAACUGCCUCCCUCACUAGUAGAAGAGUCAUGGAAACGCUUAACUAUGAGAAAACGCAAUCCUUUGUCAGAAUUGGAAGUAUGUGGUAUAGAUCCAGGUAGUAUAAACAUGACCGAUCAAGGAACCAAGAUCCAAAAUACUUCACCCAUUCACAUUUGCAAUCACGAGGAGGAGAUCAAUCAUCGUGUCAUGAAAAAUCUUUAUAUUUUAUUCCAGAAGUUACUUGAUUACAAUAAAGAAUUAAUUGAAAAACUAAAUAUCGAAAAACGAAUUUUACUAUGUGAUAUCGAAGAUAAGAAGAUGCAAUUACAAGA